CAAACGCACCCUGUAUGUUGAGCGGAAACGCCGUCGGUGGAGGGUUUCCACUAGUUACCACAGCCUUAAAGUCAAAAUUGGCUAUAUUUUCAAAAUUCAGAACUAAAAUAUGCUUAAAUUAAGGUUAGAAUUAGGCAUACAUUUAGCAGUGUGGUUAAGGUUAGGUUUAAAAUCUGAUUUUAAGAAAAUAAAUGGUAGAAUAGGAGAAUAGGCGGGGUUUAUGACUUUGUGGCUGUGUGACGACCGUGAGGAGGCUACCAAAGAAAAUGCUAUUGUUGUCGUCUGUCAGAUAGACGAUAACUGGCAUAGAUACUAAGCUAGCUGAAAUUAAUUAUCAAUGAGUAUUUUAUAUAUUGACAACGCCACAUAUUACAUGUUAAAAUGAAAAAAGGAGGAAUGCUCCGUUGGGCCUAACUGCUCUGACCUGAGGGAGCUGAGUCUGCUCACCCCAUAAUCCCUUUGAUCCCUGACUCUUGACCCCUGGACGGUGUAACCAUGACGACGGGGGAUUGUUGCCACCUCCCGGGCUCCCUGUGUGACUGCACUGGCAACGCUGGCCUGUCCAAAAGCGUGGAGGAGUCGGAUAACUGCAGAGCGCAGUAUGUCACCCAGGUCACAGCCAAAGAUGGGCGGCUGCUCUCCACCGUCAUCAAACCUUUGAGCACACAGAGCGAUGGGCCAAUCUGCCGGAUCUGCCAUGAGGGGGCCAACGGCGAAGGGCUUCUGUCCCCCUGCAACUGCACAGGGACUCUGGGCACGGUGCACAAGAGCUGCCUGGAGAAGUGGCUCUCCUCCUCCAACACCAGCUACUGUGAGCUGUGCCACACAGAGUUCACCAUUGAGCGCAGACCCAAGCCCCUCACAGAGGUAACAAAGUGGCUGCGGGACCCGGGCCCUCGUAACGAGAAGCGCACAUUGUUCUGUGACAUGGUGUGCUUCCUAUUAAUCACUCCCCUGGCAGCCAUCUCUGGCUGGCUGUGUCUGAGGGGAGCCCAAGAUCACCUGCACUUCAACAGCAGACUGGAGGCCUUAGGCCUCAUCGCCCUCACCAUCGCCCUUUUCACAAUCUACGUCCUCUGGACUCUGGUAUCAUUCCGCUACCACUGUCAGCUCUACUCUGAGUGGAGACGAACCCAUCAGAAAGUACGCCUCCUCCUUCCAGACGCAAAGGGGCGGCAUUCUAACCAGCAUUCCUUGCUCUCCACCAAGCUGCUGAAAAAGACGGCAGACGAGACUAUAGUAUGAGGUCAAAGGUGGGAAGAUUUGAAGUUGGUGUUCUUCGGGUGCUGGAGGUUCUCAAUGAAAAAGCACGUCUCCAACCAGAGCCCAAGCUCUUUUUCUAUUUAAAUCCUUUUUACCUAUGUGUGUCAUCAUCGUCAGCACUUCUUUUUUAUUUUUGUCGUCUGAAUCUCUGAUUGUGUUUUUUUGUGAUCUGGUAAAGAAACCAGUAUGUUAGAGACCAGUGAUUACCUUGCAGUAUGGUGUUUCUGAAGGUUUGGAAAAGGGCAGUUGAUUGGAUGGGUCUCCGCUGUGCCCUGCAAAGGGACGACCUAGGAUUCAUUGGACAUAUGCUCAGUGGAGAUGGCUGCUGAAGCUUUAAGACCAAACCCUCUAGUGUUUAAGUGGACAAUUCCCACUUUCUCCUCCCUAAUUUCCUUCACAGCGUCUCUAAAAGUGUAGCAUGGAUCGUUGACGCUGAUCUACGGCGAUCCAUCCAGCGGUUGGUUCCCUAGCCACUGAGUGUAGAAGUAAGAAGCUUAAAGCUUUGAUUCCUGUUUACCAGCCACAGGCUAUUAGACUGGGGGGGAUUAUAGAUGCUUUUGACAUUGCUACGCAAGCCAGUUGACUCCCUUCAAUUCAGCUCCAUCUGUUUUCCCCCUUGGUGUGAGCAGGAAUUUUGUUCAUAAAGAUGGAGAUUGUGCAAUAAAACACUGGACACGGUUUCCUCUCACAGUACGUGAUGAGACUGCUACCAACAUGCACAGUUUUGCAUGCAUGUACUGUUACUUUUUUAUUUUUGGUAUUGUUUUUUGGGGGGGGGGGGGGUUACUGUGGAGGAUUGUACGAGAGGUUGGUUGAGCUCCCAUUCAUCUGGUGUUACUAGUUAGUAUGUUGAACUGGGUUUUCCCCCUAGAGUAUAGAGGUCUCUCAUACUAUUAGAACCAAAUAGAGUGAGCUGAUCUAGGUAGGUAGGUAGGUCUACACGCCACUGAUGAGAGAGAAAAAAACUUUACGUAAAUGUAUAUUCUACCAACAUGAAGUUAAAAACUUUUUGUGGUUGACGGAAAGUAAGUCUUACCUUUCCAGGACAAUGUUAGAGUAGCGCAGGUCAAGAUCACUCUUCAAUAGCUAGUACAUUGCUCUCCUACGACGAUAGACCAAUGAAAUGCUUUUAAAUAUUAUGUGUUUUUUUGUGUAGUCAUAACAUUUGCUAGUAAUCACAUGCAGCAAGAGCGUAGAUUGGUUAAUUGAUGUUACUUCAUGUUUUGUAGCAGUUGUAUUCCCUUUCUGAUAUGCAGGCGACCAGACUGACGUCUAGUCUCAGACGUCUACAGAUGUCAACUGUACCUUGACAGUAGAACCCAGUGUGUGGAGCAAGACCAGUGUAGGCAUUGUUCUCACCCAUCUACCACAGCUUUAAAAUGCACGAGUUGACCUCUGGACAAGAGAGAUAUGCAAAAACACAGAUUUAUAGGGCUGGCCAUGUUACUAUCAUCUGUUUGGAUCUUUUCAUGAAUAUACAGUUGAAGUCGGAAGUUUACAUACACUUAGGUCGGAGUCAUUAAAACUCAUUUUUCAACCCCUCCACAAAUUUCUUGUUAACAAACUAUAGUUUUGGCAAGUCAUUUAAGACAUCUACUUUGUGCAUGACACAAGGAAUUUUUCAAACUAUUGUUUACAGACAGAUUUUUUUUACAUAUAAUUCACUGUAUCACAAUUCUAGUGGUUCAGAAGUAUACAUACACUAAGUUGACUGUGCCUUUAAACAGCUAGGAAAAUUCCAGAAAAUGAUGUCAUGGCUUUAGAAGCUUCUGACAGGCUAGUUGACAUCAUUUGAGUCACCCACUGGUACACACAGUGGAUGUAUUUCAAAGCCUACCUUCAAACUCAGUGCCUCUUUACUUGGGAAAAUCAAAAUAAAUCAGCCAAGACCUCAGAAAAGAAAUUGUAGACCUCCACAAGUCUGGUUCACCCUUGGGAACAAUUUCCAAACGCCUGAAGGUACCACGUUCAACAAUAGUACAACACCAUGGGACCACGCAGCCGUCAUUCCGCUCAGGAAAAAGACGCGUUCUGUCUCCUAGAGAUGAACGUACUUUGGUGCAAAAAGUGCAAAUCAAUCCCAGAACAACAGCAAAUGACUUUGUGAAGAUGCUGGAGGAAACAGGUAAAAAAGUAUCUAUGUCCACAGUAAAACAAGUCCUAUAUUGACAUAACCUGAAAGGCCACUCAGCAAGGAAGAAGUCACUGCUCCAAAACCGCCAUAAAAAAGCCAGACUACGGUUUGCAACUGCACAUGGGGACAAAGAUCAUACUUUUUGGAGAAAUGUCCUUUGGUCUGAUUAAACAAAAAUAGAACUGUUUGGUCAUAAUGACCAUUGUUAUGUUUGGAGGAAAAGGGGGGAAGCUUGCAAGCCGAAGAACACCAUCUCAACCUUGAAGCACGGGGGUGGUAGCAUCAAGUUGUGGGGGUUCUUUGCUGCAGGAGGGACUGGUGCACUUCACAAAAUACAUGGCAUCAUGAGGCAGGAAAAUUAUGUGGAUAUAUUGAAGCAACAUCUCAAGACAUCAGUCAGGAAGUUAUAGCUUGGUCGCAAAUGGGUUUUCCAAAUGGACAAUGACCACAAGCAUACUUCCAAAGUUGUGGCAAAAUGACUUAAGGACAACAAAGUCAAGGUAUUGGAGUGGCCAUCACAAAGCCCUGACCUCAAUCCUUUAGAAAAUUUGUGGGCAGAACUGAAAAAGCAUGUGCUAGCAAGGAGGCCUACAAACCUGACUCAGUUACACCAGCUCUGUCAGGAGGAAUGGGCCAAAAUUCACCCAACUUAUUGUUGGAAGCUUGUGGAAGGCUACCUGAAACGUUUGACCCAAGUUAAACAAUUUAAAGGCAAUGUUACCAAAUACUAAAUGAGUGUAUGUAAACUUCUGACACACUGGGAAUGUGAUGAAAGAAAUAAAAGCUUAAAUAAAUAAUUCUCUCUACUAUUAUUCUGACAUUUCACAUUCUUAAAAUAAAGUGGUGACCCUAACUGACCUAAGACAGGGUAUUUUUACUAUAAUUAAAUGUCAGGAAUUUUGAAAAACUGAGUUUAAAUGUAUUUGGCUAAGGAGUAUGUAAACUUCCGACUUCAACUGUGUAUGGGUGUUUGGUUUGAGUUCCUCUUUGUUCAGUUUUGUAUAUUUUACUUUCUUCAUUGUACACUGUAUGGUCGCUUCAGAACCCCCUUUGUUUUAGCCAAGCUUAAUUUUUGCAUAUUUGUUUAUAUAUAUAUUGUUAAUCAUAAUGUCGUCCAUGGUUGAACGUAAAAGUAUUGACCCUGAAUGUUAACAGGCCUGAAUAGAAGAGAGACUGAAUGCAAAUAGCCUCAGUAGAAAGCUCAAAUUAUGGUCCACAGAAGCCAAAAACCUAGGCCUAGAUUUGACGCUCACUUAUUUCUAUGAUACUAGUAUUUGUUAUAAUCCCUUCAUGGCAAUCAUACUCAUUUACAUUUAAGUCAUUUAGCAGACGCUCUUAUCCAGAGCGACUUACAAAUUGGAAAGUUCAUACAUAUUCAUCCUGGUCCCCCCGUGGGGAAUGAACCCACAACCCUGGCGUUGCAAGCGCCAUGCUCUACCAACUGAGCCACACGGGACCAACUGAGCCAUACUCCUGUGUUUUGCUUAUUUUGUAGGUGCAGGUUCAACUCUUCCAGUACCUGUAGGCUUCGUGCAUUGAGGGUUUAACACCUGAAGGGCUUUGCAGUGGGACAGCUAAGCUGUGUAAGUGUUAUGCAGCUGUGAGAAUCCUGGUUAUGAGAGUGACUUUCUGGAAUCAGUUUCAACCUGAAAAAUUGUUAUCUCCAGUCACAGUAAACGAAAUAGGAAAGUCAUCCUCUCAACUUGAACAGCAUAGACAGACAGUCAGCCUAGUUCAGUGGUGUCCUGUUGGGAGACCCCUUUAAAAAAAAAUAAAGUACCCUCCUCUUUUUUGUUGUUGUAAAGUGUUUAUUUGACCUCUAAAGGAAUCCUCUUGUCUGGAAAAUAUAUUUGUUGUUAAAUAAUACUAGAGCUUAGUAGGAGGUUAUUUUCCUGUAUGUCAAUGUGUGUUGUGGAGUGGAACAGCUUUCAGGAUCUUUCAGCAUGGAGAGAGUUCUUAUCUGCAUUGUCAGUGAUGGGCCACUGCCCUAUCACAUGCUGUCUCUGAUUGGUGCUUUUUGCCUCUACCUGACAUGUUGGGAGCUAUGGAGACUUUGCAAUGUAGGGUGUAGUUACAGCAGUGUGCAAUUUGAUAACUUUACAAUGCAAUUCUUACCUAUAACCUUAACAAUAGAUAAUGAAAUCAGAAAUAUAAUGUAGAAGCUAGUGCAUAUGAAGGAUCAUAGCAGUUUGCUCACUUGUGCAGUCUGAGAGGGCCACGAUAGGAUGUUUUAUUUUGCUAUGUGAGUCUGUGAGUUGCCAACAAUAUGCAACACUGCUCCCUUUGAAGGCUGCUCAGAGACAUACUUGCCACAUUACUCCAGCUUUUAUAUAACCGUUAACUCAAACAGGUCAUUUUCUCCAAAGAUGCAUUGAUUCUUGUUUUAUAUAUCAAAUGACACUUUCACAAAACUAUCAUGGAAAUCAAUACAGUUUGGUUGUUUCUAUAGUCUUCUAACACCGACUUUGAAAGGGAUUUUGAAAGCAUUACUGAUAUAGUACAAUUUUCCAAUAUCUGGUGUUUGGGUAUUGCUCCUCAAAUUUUCUUUUUAGUUUGAAGACGCAACAAAGAUUCCUUGGCAUUCUCAUGCUUGUAUGUAGAAGGAGCAACAUACCAGAUUUGUAGACUUGUUUUUGUUUGAUAAUGUUUUAAUCUCUUGUUAAUUCUGCCACUGUUUUUAACAUAAUGAUGUGUAUCAGUUGUAAUUUAUGUUCAAUUAUUCAUUAAGCACAGGGUUUUUAUCACUCUUAGAGAUGGAAUCCGCAGAAACUGAGGAGCGUCGCACAGCAUGGUAAAACAAAUGAUGCUCUUCUAUCGCAGGUGCAAUGAUGUCUGUUGGGGGGAAAACAGUGUUCGUUUUUUGUUGUUGUAAUAUCGCAAACGGACGUGGCAGUUCCACCAUUAAGGAUUCCAGCUUUAACUAUGAUGUUUAUGUUGUGCAGUGGGAAAAGAAAGAUGUCUAAACCCAAAAUAUGUUGGUGCUUGCAAUCAGCCAAGAAACUGCAAAGCAAAUAAAAAAUGGAAGCUACAGUAUGGAUAAACAUCAA